GUGAUAAUUUGUUUGUAGUAAUACUUAUAAUGUUACUGGUGAUAUGGCUCGCCGUGAUUGUGGUGGCUUGUUCCCUCUACUUACGGAAGGUUAACUCAAAGUUCAGCAAAGUUAAAAUCAAGAACCUGACGCCGUUACCGUUCCUAGGUAACAUGGGCUGGAUACUGUUACGUCGAGAACAUUUCACAGAAGCUAUAGCAAGGCUCUAUACAGCAUUUCCUGAAGAAAGGUUCUUAGGCUGGUUUGAAUUAAUUAAUCCAUUGAUAAUGUUGAAAGACAUAGAAUUAAUAAAAACUAUAUGUGUAAAGGACUUCGAAUAUUUUUUGGAUCAUCGAUCGUUUAUUGACGCCAAAGUUGAUCCAUUCUUUGGGAGGAACCUUCUGUUGUUAAAAGGUCAAGAGUGGAAAGACAUGCGAUCGACCUUGAGCCCCGCCUUCACGAGCUCCAAGAUGCGGCUCAUGGUGCCCUUCAUGGUCGAAGUUGGUGACAUCAUGAUCAAGUCACUCAAGGAGAAAAUACAGAGUUCAGAAGAUGGCUAUAUCGACAUAGACUGUAGAGACUUGACGACUCGGUACGCUAAUGACGUCAUCGCGUCCUGCGCCUUCGGCUUCAAAGUGGACUCGCACACGAACAGAAACAAUGAGUUCUAUGACAUGGGCAAAGUCACUGCCAACUUCGACUCUACACAGAUGCUCAGACUAAUUUUUAUGUCAACCUGUCCUACUGUUUCAAAGAUCUUAAAGAUCUCCCUGUUCAAUGCUUCGGUGAUUGAUUUCUUCCGAGGUCUAGUUCUAAAUACUGUCAAUGAACGUGUGGCUAAACAAAUUGUCAGACCUGACAUGAUACAUUUGCUAAUGGAGGCGAAGAAAGGUAAAUUAACACACGAAGAGCAAACCGAAGCAGAAGCAGAUGUUGGUUUCGCAACUGUUGAAGAAUCAUCAGUGGGCAGGAAGAUAGUUAGAAGAGUUUGGACAGACGACGAUCUAGUUGCUCAGGCGUUAAUAUUCUUCUUCGCGGGUUUCGAUACCGUGUCUACAGCGAUGAUGUUUGCCCUGCACGAGCUGGCGUUGAACCCGGACAUCCAGAACCGGUUGCUGGAUGAAAUUAAACAACACGAAGUUAGGAAUGGCGGAACGCUUGAUUACAAUUCAAUACAGAAUAUGAAUUACUUGGACAUGGUUGUUUCAGAAGUGCUGAGAAAGUGGCCGCCUGCAAUUGGACUGGACAGGCAGUGCCUGAUGGACUACAACUUAGGAAGACCCAACAAAGAUGCAACUGAGGAUUUCAUUAUCCGCAAGGGGCAGACGGUGUCGGUGCCGGUAUGGGCGAUCCACCGGGACCCAGCUUUCUACCCAGACCCCGACAGAUUUGACCCUGAACGCUUCUCAAAGGAAAACAAACAUCUCAUCAAACCAUUCACUUAUAUGCCUUUCGGACUCGGUCCCAGGAACUGCAUAGGUUCUAGGUUCGCGCUGUGCGAGGUAAAGGUGCUGCUGUACCAGGUGGUGCGGCGCGUGCAGCUGGCCCCGUGCGAGAGGACCUGUGUUCCUGAGCAGCUCGCUACCGACACAUUCAACAUACGACUAAAAGGCGGCCACUGGCUCAGGUUCCGUCUCAGGGAAUGACGUUCUAUGCAAGUGUCAAUGUACAUAACAACAUGAACCCGCUAAUAAAAACACGGAAUUAUCUGUGCAAGACACUUGAACGUCAAGCUCUAAGGUAAAUGCACGGUAUCUACAUAGGUCUUCUGCAAGCGAACAAAUUAAUUCAUGAUACUGUAACUGACUAUAUUAUAAUAUCUAUGGUCGAAUAAAAAGCUUUAAUAUUUUUAAU